CCAAAUUCUAAAUUUAAAAAAAUACAGCAAUUCAAUCCGUACGGAAUUUGUUCUUUUUGAAUUUCGGAAGAGACACGUUUGUUUUCCAGUUAGUAAAAAUCAUCAGCAAGAGGAGCUCAUCUAGAAAUUUAGUUUAAUAAUUUACAUAUUAAAUAAAAAUGUCUUCAGGACACAACGAUAGUAAUAACAUCAAUUUAUUAGAUAAUAAUUUAGAAACAACAUUAAAUACAGUGGGAUCAUCAUCAGCGUUUGGAACCAGUAUGCAAACUUUACAAGAUAGUGACGUCUUUGAUGACGAAAUGGAUGAAAUUUUAGCUUCCUAUAAACAAGAAUUUGAUUUGGAAGCAAGUGCUUUGAAGGAAUUGGAAGAAGGAUCACCAACAUCAGACAUUGAAAAUGUCAAUGGUCCUAACAAUUUGGAUUAUUCAUUAGAUGAAGUACCAGUUGAUGAUGGUGAGCCAAAGUUUGUUUGCGACACAACAAUUCCUGGAGUUGCCAAACAUUUGAGAAUGCUUGGAAUUGACACUCUUCAUCACGAUAACUUUUCCCAAAAUUAUAUUCUCUACUUGGCUAGAACUCAACACAGAACUAUUCUAACAUUUAGUAUGAAAUUACAAAAAAAUAUUGACCAAAUUUUAAACAAUUACAAAAAGAAAAAGGAACGAGUUGAAGAAUUGAAAAAGAAAUUGAAUGAACUACAAGUUGAAGAUGAAACAAAGCCACAAAUAAGUAAUAGUUCAGCUACUACUUCUACUCCUUACAAUAAGUGGAAAGAAACUAAGGAAAAGAUUCAAACAAGAAUUGAACAAUACGAAAUGGACUUGAGUGAUCCAAUUUUGAGCUACCCUUACAAAUAUUAUUUGUUAAAGACCAAAGGAAGAUAUAAUCAAAUUAACGAAGUUGUAAAUACAUUCAAAAUCAGAUACAUCCCAGAGAAGAUGUUUACUAGAUGUGCAUCUUGCAGUGGAACUUUACGAAAGAUUCCAAACAAGGAAGAAGUCAAGCACUUGCUUGAACAAAAUACCUACAAUGACAAUGAUCAUUAUUCUAUGUGCAAUAGAUGUAAGCAAUUGUUCUGGGGAAUUCACAUUGAAAAUCCAGCCCAAAGAGAAGCUGUCGAAAAAGCCAUAGCGUUCUGUGAAGAAUAUUCCUACAAGGGUGAUUAAAUAAAUAAGUUAGUGUAGAUUUUAU